AUUCGCCGCCCGGAGCCGCCGCAGCGCGCGGAGGUUUGUGCUGUGUGGUACUGGUCUCCCACCUUCUGAUUGCACCUGAUGUUUGGGGGGAGCUGGAUGGUCUGACCAGAAGGGCUGUGGGGGUUCUGUGUGGAGCUUGGCUGCUCCUGACAAGCUAGCACCAUGCUGGCCCCAAAGAAAGGCCUGCUCUGCAACCUGAACCACAUCCACCUGCAGCAUGUCUCCCUGGGGCUGCACCUCUCCCGGCACCCAGAGCUGCAGGAGAGCUCCAUCCCUACAGCUCAAGGAGCCCAGAUGGACUGUGGUGACCAUCAGGAGAACUGCGGGCAAGUUGAUGCCAAUUCCAACAAUCCUUCCUUGAAAUGCCAGUGCUGUGAAUCUCAUGUGCAGCUGCCUGUGAAGCUGGUGCUCCAGAACCAGACAACUCAGGAGGAUUUCCCCUGCCUGCACACUGCAGAGGAUGUGGUUUCUCCUUCUGAUCCAGCUUCCACCUCCUCCUCUGUCAGUAGCUGCUCGGAUUUCAGCUUGGAUGAUUCCCCAGUCUCUGUGUACUGCAAGGAGUUCAUGGGAGAAGAGCCCCAGUACCUUGAAAAUCAACCCAACAUCAUUCCCAUAGAGGAUGCCCAGGAGGACCCACUGCUGGUUGAGCACGGGGGCACAUGUGAUGGGGGAGAUGGCAGUUUCAGCCACAAGCUGCUCCCCAGAACAGACACCACAGCUGAGGAGACUCCAGACAGUCUCUGCAGCAGCAGCUCGCUUGACUCCCAGUAUGACGAUCCCUCUCCCAACACAGUGAUACCAGAGAACCUGCAGCCUUCCCCCAGGGUCUGUGCUGACCUAGAUCCCAACUGCAACACCCUUCCCACACCUCCCAGGCCAGGGCAGUGGGAUCACAAUGUGAAUGCCACUUUGGAGUGGAGGCCCAGGUCCGAUAGCAUCCCCCCUCCCGUGCCACCAAGGCCCAGAAGAGGGCUGCAGGUGCUGGCCAGGCAUGAAGCAGAGCAGCCUGCCCUGCCAGAGAAGCCUGCUGAGCUGGAGCACAGCUUGGGAGAGCUCUGCAGGAAUGUAGGCAAGAAGACAAUCACCUCGUUCCAUGAGCUUGCCCAGAAGCGGAAGAGAAAUGUCACUGGGCCCACUCUUGCGCAGGCCAGGAGUGACCAGAGUGACUGGCUGAUUACAUUCUCACCUGACACGGAGCUGCCACCUUGCAGUGAGCUCAUCCCCAGCACCAUGGGUCGGGCCCCAGCCCAGCACCAGCUCCAGCUCCAGCCCGAGUGGCAGGUGAGACCUCCCAUUUCCAGGCAGAGAGAAGUGACCACCUUCAAGGAGCUCCGGUAUCGUAGUGCCUUCAGCAAGCACAGGGGCCAGCUGGCUGGAGAGCAGCGGGAGGCAGCAGCACCCCAGGAUCCACCUGCCCCCCUGGAAAUUUCUGGUGGCAGCAGCCCUUGUGGCAGCGAGAGCCCUAGCUGGAUGCCACCUGCACCUCCGAAGGGGCAGCUGCCAGUACCUGGGAAAAGCCACCAGCCAAAGAGAAGGAAAUCUCGGCUGGGGCUACAGCCCAUUGCAGAGGGACAGCUGGGUGACGCAGAGGAAGUGGGGCUGCUGCCGGAGAGCUGCCUCCCCAGCAAGAAGGGGCCAGGGCCUGUCUGCAAUGAGGAGGCACUGGUUUGGGGGCUGGGUAGGGACCCCUGGCUGCCUGGCAAGGUGGAGAAAGGAGAUGGAACCUGCAAGGAGGCCGGGCGCGCUCCGCCUGCCGCAGCCGCCCUGAGGCUGCCCUCGCCUGGCCUGGCUGAUGCGGAUGGAGCACCGCGCCCCUCGGCAGCGCGGAAAAGAGCCCUGCUGGUCGCUGUCAGCACCUCUGUGGACAAGAUCGUGGCUCACUUCAGCACUGCCCGGAACCUGGUGCAGAAGGCCCAGCUGGGAGACAGCUGGCUCAGCCCGGAUGUGGGCUACCUGCUGCUGCACACCCUUUGCCCAGCGCUCUACUCCUUGGUGGAGGAUGGGCUGAAGCCCUUCCAGAAGGAUGUUAUCACAGGGCAGAGGAAAAAUUCACCUUGGAGUGUGGUUGAAGCCUCAGUGAAGCCAGGCCCCAGCACUCACUGUCUGUACUCCUUGUGCUGGCAUGUUUCCAGGCUAGCCCCUCUCAACAGCGCCAGGCAGCGGUUUCAUGCCUUUAUCCUUGGCCUUCUGAACAUUAAGCAGCUGGAGCUGUGGAUCUCCCAGCUGCAGAAGAGCCCAGGUGUGAUCUCCAUGCUCUACUUUCCCACGGCCUUCUUUGCCCUCAGCCAGGGCCCUCUGCCUCACCUUGCUGAUGAACUGCUGCUGCUCAUCCAACCCCUUUCAGUGCUGACUUUCCACCUGGACCUGCUGUUUGAACACCAUCAUCUCUCUGUGGAUGUGAGAGCCUUGCCCCGUCGGCCAGAGUCGCCCCCCUGUCCUGCCCAUCGCCCCUCUAGGAGGAUCGGUCUCUUCCCUGAUCAAGGCCAGGAGGUUGCGCAGCCACAUGUGGAAGGCCUGAGCAGGGCUGAAGAGGCAAGCCGGGAGUGUGAGAUUCCCCCUCAUCAUCAAAGGAGGGCAGCCUUGAGAGGUGCAGAGGGAAGCACAAGAUCUCAGGCCCAAGCAGCUGUGCCUGGACCAUUCCCCAGCCCCCUGGUGGGGGCUGCCCUGCAGCAGACAGUCCAGCAUGUGCUACAGUGGAGUGACCAGCUCAGUCGCACCUUCCUGGGAGCUGACCCCUCCCCUAAGAGCAUGAGACAGGAGACAGGUCCUCAGGAUGCAGUGGGAGGCCUCAGCAGCUGGUGGGACCAGCUGAGUCAGGCCUCCAGGAUCUAUGUUGCUCCUAGCAAGGAAGGAUUCCCCUUCAUCUGGUGGUCAAAGCUACGGAUGGCUGCAGGAGAUGGCAGCCCUGGGCAGACCGCACGACCCCAAGCAUCUGCAAAUGAGCCUAGAGGCACGGAGCUGCAGCUCCUUCAAACUAAAGCUGUCACUGAACGUCCUGGUGCAGAUCUCAUCAGCAGCACUGACAACUCUAGGGCCUCAUCCCCUGAAGAUCUCUUCCUGCCUGCUGGAGCCAGGGCCUCCACUAAGCCAGUUGCUCCCACUGCUGGAGAGAAGCUCCUGUCAGCCUCACCAGAGCCUUGUGCUGAUGGAAACCAGGUAGCCUCUUCUAAUGCAGCAGCCAGCAGUCCUCCAGGCCCUGAAAAGGGCCGCUGGCUGGGCCGGCUCUUUGGUGCCACCUGCGCAUCUGCCAGAGGCUUCCCUCUCAGUCCUGACACCAUCGCAACUAGAUCCAGGAGACCCUCUAGUUGGCUGUCCCCCAGAAUGACUGUUUUUGCUGCAAUGAUGAAGGGGGGAGCUCCUGAGAAGACCUGUGCUCAAGAACAGCCAGCGAGGAAAACGGCUGACCCAUCACAGACCCACAGGGUAGUUCGGGCACUGUGUGACCAUGCUGGUGCUGGUGCUGGCCACCUGAGCUUCCAAAAGGGGGACAUCCUGCAGCUGCUCUCCACUGUGGAUGAGGACUGGAUAUGCUGUUGCCAUGGGAACAGCACUGGCCUGGUUCCGGUCGGCUACACCUCCCUGGUCCUUUGACAAGGCCAGAGCUGCUGGAAGUGUUCGUGGUCCUGCGGGGGCCGCCUGCUCCGGUGCCAUUCUCUGCUGCUUGUGAGCAUGAAGCUGCCUGCAUCCCAUGAGCCACUACUGUGCAUUUCCCACAGCUAUACUGGUGGUUCAUCCUGGGCACCUGUGGGAUUAGCUCAGCUGCUGCCCAUGCUGGUGCAGGAGCUGGAAAGGAGCCUGCCCUGUGUGUUGUUCAGUCCUGUGUGCUCUGUGUGUGCCAUUAUGGCCUGUAGCUGCUGCCUGCUCCACGGCCCUGUCUCACCCUGGGGCAGGCAUCAGAGCCCGGGCCAGCCCCUGCUGCCCAUGCACAGUCCCAGCACUCUGUAAUUAGCUGUCACCAAGGGAACAAGCUUAUUCUGGGUGGAAGAGCUGGAAAUAAAGAUUGUGACUCGUGUCA